AGAGACUCUGACAGUCGAGAGCCAGAGACCGAGAGAGAAGCACGAUGUCUGAAUUCAGAAGGAUCAUGAUGUCUUCAUUCCUGAUGCUGCUGCUCCACUUUACAGCUGCAGAUGUGAAAUAUUACUUCCCCACUGUCAGAGUUGGAGAUGAAGUCACUUUGCCUUUUGACAAUGUGAUAGAUGAUCAGGAUAAGUGUGAGAGUACUGAGUGGACCUUCAGUGAUUCAAGAGGUUCAGCAACAUCAGUAAAGCUGGUUCAUCUUCAGAUUAAAAAAGAAGCCAAAGCUAAACCAGACAGACUGAGAGUUACAGAGAACUGUUCUCUGGUUAUAAAGAAGGUCACAGAGGAGGAUGCUGGUUUUUACUCCUGCAGACAGUUCAGAUCAGGAGAACAACAAGGUCCAGACUCUUCUGUUCUUCUGUCGGUUGUUACCAUGACUGAACAUCAGGACAAUGAUGAGAUGACAUUAGACUGCUCUGUGACAAGAUAUAUAGGCUGGUGUGGACACUCAGUGAAGUGGCUGCUUCAGGGUCGAGAUGUGGAUAAAGAUCACAGAGAUAUAAAGACAUCACAGUCUUCCUGCUCUGCCUCUGUGACAUUUCUGACUUCUCUCUUUAGUUACACAUCAAGGUCUGAGUUGUUUACUUGUGAAGUAACAGAUGAUUCCAUGACUGACGUAGAUCUGUUUGUCUUCAGUCCUCAGUCCUCAGGUGAGGAUGCAGGGAAGGUGACUGCAGUGUCAACAACAUGGACAACAGUGAGCAUGAGAGCAGCCGGAGAGAUGACCAACACAUCUGAAGACAAUCAAACAGAACAAGAGGACAACAAUAAAGGUCGCUUGAGGCUCAUCAUGGUGUCUGUGGGUUUAGCGGCUCUCAUCAUCACCGUGGUUACAGUCAACAUAUGGACAAGAGCUAAAGGGAGCAAAGCACAGACGGAAGAAAACAUGGAGCAGAAUGAUGAUGAUGAAGAUGAAGAUGAGGUGAACUAUGAAAAUGAUGGAGGGGCUUUUGCCUCUGUGUGACUGAUCAACAACAUCAACUCCCCUCAGAGUCCAUGCUGUCAAACAUCACCUCCUCAUAUUCUACAGGAGAAAACAGGAGAACCAUGAGAUCAUUGGAACAUUUCUGAUGACUGAGAACACCUGAGCCCCAUGAGAGGCACUUCAGAAACAUAUCUUAUUAUAUUCUUACAUCCCGGCUCCUGUGCUGCAACAAAAAGCAGGGAGGGGAGACGAGGGGUAAGAAUAUAACAAUCGUUUAUUCUUAAUAAACAAAUAAGUAAAUGGAACCAGCAACAGGUCCCCGAGGCUGGCAAGGAGAGAGUGAGAGAGACCACGGAACGCCUAGUGGUGUGGAGGGGUCGUCACAAUAUUAAUUCAUUUCUGAUAUAACGUCCUUUAAGUAUGCUCUCACAUUCCCAUACAUAGUUAUACUGUAUCUGAUCUAUAGUCUACACAGUCUCUGUAUAUAACAUCUCAAUAUUAGCAGUACUUGUACUUACAGUAUACAUUUUACACCUAUACCUUCAUUUCUCACAGUAACUGCUGCACAUGUUCAAACAUACAAGUGUUUCAUGAAAUAUCUAAAUUGUAAAAUGAUCCUGAAUCUUUGUUUGUUUGUUAAAUGUGCUCUUCAGGGAAUACCAGUAAAACUACUGUUGGUGUUUUAAUGUAAAAACUAUUCAUUUAUUUUUAUAAUUAUAAUGAUAACUUGUAUUUAUAUCAGGAAGUACUUUAACCUUAUACCUGCAUUGUUUACUAGAACUGCUCCACAUGUCCCUUUUGUAUAUAUCUUAGCAAAUGAUAUACCCCCCCUACUGUUUCUAAUAUAUAUUAUCAAAACAAUAUGUACAUUACUCUGGACUGUUCUGCUU